AUGGGGCUGGAAAACGGCAAGAGUGAACAUGGCAACGCAGAGCCGCGAAGCAAUGCCGAAGACGAGGACGCCGACGCGAUCUUAGCAUCUCUCGAGGAAGAAGACGAUACUUCAUAUCGUGCUCAGCGCAUGCAAGAAUACAAUAGUGCAGCCACCACUACCGUAUUCAACACGGCCAAGCAGGCUUAUGUUACUCUGAAGAGCGACGACGAGGCGCUCAGUUUCACAACUGAGCACGAGCGAGCGGUCGUCCACUUCUUUCACCCGGAUUUUGCAAGAUGCAGUACGAUGGACUUCCACUGUGAAACUAUCGCCCUCAAGCAUGCAGAGUACGCUGACGGAGACGUUGCCUUUGCGAGAAUCAACGUCAACCACGCACCCUUUGUGGUUGAAAAGCUGGGAGUGCGAGUACUACCUUGUGUCAUCGGCUUCGUCAAAGGUGUCGUCAAGGGAAGGAUCACUGGCUUCGAAGGUCUGUGCUGGGAUGGUAAAGAGGGCACUGUGGAAGUCACGAGAGCUCUUGAGGAGGCAAUAGUUGACUGGACUGUUGUAAGGAAGAGGCAUCUCCUGAGACACGACGACGACGACGAGAGCGAUGAAGACGAUGGUGCGCCCGAUCGACGUCAAACCGGUCGGCGAGGCAUCCGCGAUCGCAAACAACCCGUGGGAGACGACGACGACGACGAUUGGGACUGA